CUUCGACCUCCCUCCAGAUCCGAGAAAAAUAAAAUUACGCAAAAUAAAUGAUUGAUUAUAAAUUUAUAAUUAUAUUUAAUUUAUUCAUUAUGGUAGAUUCCAAAUCGACGUAUUUCCAAAUUCUGUGGUCUGAAUUUUCAUAUUUGGAUUUCACGACUUUCACCGCAUCACCAUGAUAAUUUGGCACUAUAACAAAAAUCAGCCUAUUAUGAAUCAAUGCAAGUAAUCAGAGACAGUUUGAAACUAGAGACAGUUUGGCAUAUUUAAUAGUAUCACUUAAGACAAAUGUCAUCGUGCAGGUGCUCAUUAGUUUGACCAUUGAUUCAGAGCUUUAUCAUCAUGACCGUGACCUACACCCACGAAGUUGCGACUGGAAAAGGGUUCGGAAAUUUUUGGAGGCUUUUAGGCAGAUGGCGAGGAAGCAUAUACAAAGUCGUCGUUCCCGAGCUAAUUGUCUAUGCCAUCUUCUUUGGCACCAUUAACCUCACUUAUCGCUUAUGGAUAAAACACGAGCCUUAUCGAAAGGAAAUGUUUGAAAAAUGGGUGAAAUACUGUGCAGACUACGCCGGAGUCAUUCCAGUGUCGUUUGUACUCGGUUUUUAUGUGUCCCAAAUUGUUACCAGGUGGUGGAAUCAAUUCAUGACUAUCCCGUGGCCUGACCCAAUCGCCGCAAUGAUGGCCACCACGUUUCAUGGGACUGAUGAUCAGUCACGACUUAUGAAAAGAACUGUUAUGCGUUACAUCAAUCUGGCAUUUGUGAUGACAAUGGUUAUGAUUAGUCCGCAAGCAAAGUCUCGGUUUCCUACGAUCGAGCACUUAGUAAUGGCUGGUUUCAUGUUGCCUCAUGAAAAACAAAUAUUUGACCGAUUGAAUGCUCGGUCAGAUUUGCCAAAGUAUUGGGUGCCGUUGGUUUGGGCAGGAAACAUAGUGGGAAGGGCUCGUCAAGAAAAUCGUGUUAGAGAGGAUUUAUCAAUGAUUAAUAUUUUGCAAGGGAUUGCUAAAUUUCGCGGAGGGUGUGGUGACUUAUUGGCAUAUGACUGGGUUUGCGUCCCUUUGGUGUACACUCAGGUGGUCACACUGGCUGUAUACUUGUACUUCACCGCUGCACUUUUUGGGAAGCAAUUCAUUGAAAAUGAUCAUGAAUUGGUAUUUUUCUACAAUAUUUGA